CCGAGCCUCCAUUUCUUUUCCUACGGACGGCCCGACGCUGCGACGACCGCCGCGAUGGGCCGAUGGCCACCGCGUACUGGGCGAGGUGACGAAAUCCCCCCACGCCGGCCGCUUCCCGCCGCCCCUAUCCUAGGCUUUCUCCAACACGAGACGAGAGCUCUGCUCAUCCCCACCAUGGAAUCCAAGGUCCGCCGCUGCGCCGUCGCCAGAUCUACACUCCCCAUGAGCUCGUCGGGCGAUACACCUCCACUUCUCUUCUCUAUGGAGAUGCUCCAGUGCUGUGCGCCACACGAUCUUGCCGAGCUCGUGCUUCGCAAGCUCCAGGGGAGCGGCGGCGCCUGGGCGCUCGCGUAUCCGCAGAUGGGCUCGUUCUUUACAGCCCUGCAUAGCCUCCAUUCUGGGCUGGCACGCGAGCAAUCAGCUAUACGUACUAGGCAAAAGUGCUGAACAACGGUUUGGCUUGCUAUGAUUUUAUUGUGUGCAUCGACUCUGCUCAGUGCUCACCAUGAGCAUCGAUUGGUUGUUUCGCUUGCUACUGCUAGUGUUCUCUUCGUGUUGGUUUGUGCAGGAGUGAUUUGAUAAGUUGGUUUAUAUUUCUGCAGUCAAUUUCUCAUGUUUUGCAGCUCUAAUUUGAUGUUUCAGAUUGAAGUUUUGAUGAACAGAUAAUGAAAGCAGGGUAAGCAAAAGUUGCUCUGUCAGGAUUUUAUCUGAUGCAUUUCCCACGGACCGAUCCAGGCGAGUCUAAUUUCACUGGUUUUAUUGGUGCACUGUAUUUUACCAGUGUAACUUCUCACAGGUGACAGGUGUAUAUAGUUACGGGGUUGCCAAGCAGAUCCUUAGUGUUUCAACUCUUUAGUCUUAUAUAUGUUAACGAGGGGAGUUGAGUGAACUCGUUAAUAACUUAUAUUUGACUAAUAAAAUGUGAUUUUUAUGCCUAAAAGGUAUAUUGAUGUGGUCAAAUGUAGGCUCAAAAUUUAAGUGGACUAAUAAACUCGGAUGGUGGAGGAAGUAGCUAUUUUCUUAAUAGAGGAUGUUAGGUAGGCUAUGAUAUUUGUUAUGUAGUCCACAUGGAGCUGAACGGGCUGUAUAUUUGAAUAGCGUUGCUUGUCGUUCAGCUUAACAGGCUGUCCGUUCGAAUCUUUAACGACUGCCUUGUUUGCUGUUGGUCAAGAUAUAAGCAAAUAAUUUACUCCUAAGGACCCAGCCUUAGCCCCAACCACCAAGGCGUGUUAGGUGGAGUCAACAACCUAUAGCCUGCUGUGAUACAUUGGAUUGCGCUGCUCUUUGGUUCCUACCUGCUCUGCAUUGAUGUGUCUGAGUUGAAUUCCUCUCCCCCUUCCAGCAGUAUCCCAAGCAGGGCCUCUACUACAUGCAGGUAAGAUCAAUGGAUCCCUCAACUGCAUAAAGGCAUGCGAUUUUCUCUCCAGUUUUCUUUUGUGCACGGAUAGCGCAUGGAUUGGUCUAGCUAGCUAGAGUUCAUAUUCUUCCAAAACAUUUAUAUCCAUAUUAUGAAGUAGAUCGAGCAUGCAGAUGAUAUUUACAAAAAUUAAAAGCAUGCGCAUGAUAGUCUUAUUGGACUGACCUCAACUCUUCAGGCGGAGGAUGGCACGCCGUAAGAAGCUUGUUGAUGACAGCGGGUGGAAGGAUGUACUGUUUGCCAACGAAUACGCCCUGCUCAUGGGGUACCUGUCCAUGGCCGUCAAGGGCCUUGGUUUUCUGGUGCUUACUUGGACCACCGUGGUUCUUUUGGGUGGCUUCGUCUCUACACUGCAGAAGAAGGAUUUCUGGUCUCUUACAUUCAUCACCCUAGCACAAACAGCUGGGAUUUUCGAUGUUCUUCUGACUGAAAAGCUAAGCUAUAUUGGGGAUUCAAUUUCGGCCAUUAUAUCUGUUCGAUUGGCCCUGUUUGAUGAUCACCCUUUGCAGCGUAAACGCCAGGUGCUGGCAACUGUUGUAGCCACUGUUCAACAAGUAGUAUUUGUCAUUCUAUUGUGCCCUCUGGCGACUGUCUACAUGUUUGGGUUGUUAAUCUCUGCGGGGAUUUCUGUGUGGCGUCUGAGGCAACAUGAUUACGGGAGUGAUGCCGACGGACUUGGAAACCUGAAGCCGGCGCUCGACAUCUUGUAUUCCAUUGCUCUACUCUAGGGUGUGAUUUUCUGUUACAAAACCUUAUUUGGUUUUGCAAAGGGAUCUGUAGUGAAUGCAAUACUCAAAAGAGAACAUUUUGGUAAUCA